AAAGGGAAGAUAGCAGGCAUUUUUCAAUAUUUCCAUAGACAUAGGCCGGCCAAAGGCCAGUGGGAAAUAUCCGACUCCCAAAAUGAUCCUCGGCCUAACCCCAUUUGAGAGUAUCUGAUAAAAUUGACAAAAGCUACUGUCAAAGAAGAAAAUAUAUCAAAACACAGCUUGCGGGCCCCAAAAAUUCCUGGUGGCAUAAUUUUUGGUUGUUCCAUUCGGUUCAGUUAUUCCCCCCCUUUGGCUGCCUCCUGCCUAUUUCAGACUCACUCAUUGUGCUCUUCCUUUCUUCUACAAAAGCAAGAAACAAAAGGAAAUACUUUCUUGGGUUUUGUUUAUUUUGGUCUUUUCUUGUUGCUGCUCCAUUCAAGUUUUUCCAUACUACGCUACUGAAUCACUAGUAGAAGCUGCUGUCACUUGUCACUGAAUUUUCAAGAAUUAGUCAAUUACAGAGAUAGAGACACAGAAAAUUAAGAAAGAAAGAAAAAAUGAACGGCCCAGAUGCAAUCACAAAAUGGAAGAACUUAAAGCAACUGCUAUCAUUCAAAGGGCUCGGUUGCUGUGGGGCCACAUGGACUCCAAGAACAACAAUCAGGACCAUCAUAGAGGAAGAAAGUGAUCAAGAAGAAGAGCCCAUCAUCAUCAUACAACAACGGGACCAAGUGAGCAGUGAUCCGACGGUGGUGAUGGGCUCAGGGAUGAACUUGGCAAUGGCGUUAGCUGAAGAGCGUAAUUUGCGGAGAUCAAGUGUGGGUCCCGCAGUGAAAAGCGCGGGGCCACCAAUGAAGACGUUGAUGAGAUUGAUUGAAGAAACGGAGGGUGUUGAUUUGAUGAGAAAAAAUAAAAGAAGGGGAAGUGACGAGGAGAGGAUUAUUAAUAAUAUUAUUAAGAAGGAGAAGGAAGGAGAGAAUGACUGGGUGUGCUGCGUGUGCAUGGAGAGAAAUAAAGGAGCAGCUUUUAUUCCGUGUGGACAUACCUUCUGUAGGAUCUGUUGUAGAGAAAUGUGGGUCAAUAGAGGUACUUGUCCUAUUUGUAACCGUCCAAUUGUCGAGAUCCUUGAUCUCUUUUGAUUCUUUCUUCGUUUCUCUUUUGUUGACUCGUUUUUCUUUUUCUUUUUCUUUUUCUUUUAAUUUUUGUUUUUUUUCUAGAAAAACAAAAGAAAUUCUCUCUUUUGUGCUGUGAGUGAGCCAUCAGAAACACGAAAUGCCAACAUUUGCAUGUUUUUCCUUUUA